AUGUGUGGAACUAGGAUACAUUUUUCUUGCUUGUCAGACGGAAGAACAACAAAAAUUUUUGUUUACAAAAAUAUUCUAAAAUUUUGCAAAAGUGUCUUAUAAAAUUAAUAAUUUGUGAUUUUUUAAAAAUGAGUACGCCGCGCAAAAACUAUGGUCAAAAUUUGGAAUCACCAUAUGCCCGCCAUUUGCCUCAAUAUCCAUCACAAACCGAAGGUUUUGUGCCUGAAUUUGCUGGCAAAUCCAAAAUGCACUCAUCAACUCCACAUAAACAAAAUAAUACAAAUUAUAAUAAUCAUGGAAAUAUAAAUUAUAACCAAUCAAAUUAUAAUAAUAGUAAUAAUCGCAGACGUGGUGGCAAUGGUGGAGGAGGAAACAAUCGUUAUUUCAAUGCAAAUCGAGGAGGUGGCGGCAAUAAUUCGAAUUCUGGUGGAAAUGGCCAUCACAAUCAUCAAAAUAAUUAUCAAAAUAACCUGCAACCAAAUUAUAAUCAACAUCAUCAGCAGAGAUAUAGUGGGAAUCGUCAACAACCUUAUUAUGGACAGAAAUAUAAUAAAUCGGACAACAAUUCUAGAAACGAUUACUACCAUCCGUCAAUGCUUGUUGAUCCAUGGAAGGAUCUCCUCGAGCGUCAUAAUGCAAUCAAAAAUAGUCAAAUAGAUGUCCCAUCAACGGCGGCGACAACGACGUCAGAAGAACCAUUAGAGCAAUUAAUGAAAGAUGACGAAUCGUCAUCAUCAUCAUCAUCAGCAGCAGCAUCACCGUCCUCAUCGCAUAAUGAUGAAGAAGAAGCAAUAACAACAGAAACAACAACGACAAUACCAACAGUAGAGUCAUCAUCAUCAACAUCACCGAGUAUAGCUUAAUACUAAUACUCUCUCUCAUAUCAAGACCACGAAGAAAAUAAGAGCAUGUUGUAGAGAAAACAAAACAAAAAACAUAAAUUCAAUUUACAAAUUUAAAUACAAUUUUUUUUUUUGCGAUAGAUUUUUUCUUUAUUAUUAUCAUCGAUUAAAUGGAUUUUUUAGCGAAAAAGUGCAGAAAACUUAACAACAAAUUUUUCAUAUUUUUAUAAAAAUCUAUAUAAAAAAAUGUAAAUAAAAAGAUUUUUUUUUUCUUGUAAUUAUUCGCUAGGAAAAACUUAAACUUUGGUCGCUA